AUGAACCACGAUCCAUACCAAUGGGGUAGACCCUCAAAUGAAACUUACGGAGCAUACAAUUACAACAUUGCAAAUGCCAACAACACAGAGUUUAAGGAUUACAAUCACCAUGCACAUCAAUUUCCUAAGAUGAACACUCAGCAGCCUAUAAUCACAGGUACGUCGGUUAUAGCCUCCAAGUUCGCCAAUGGAAUCAUUAUGGCAGCGGACCACGUAGGUUCAUACGGGUCGUUGUUGCGUUUCAACAAUAUAGAGAGAUUAAUUAAAGUGGGUCUGGAAACUGUUGUUGGUAUUUCAGGGGACAUUUCCGAUUUCCAAUACAUAACUAGACUUUUGGACGAAUUGGAAAUUGAUGAAGAAGUGUAUGACAAUGACGGUGGCAAUAAUUUAAGGGCACCCAAUGUGCAUGCGUAUUUGUCGAGAGUGAUGUAUAAUAGAAGGUCGAAGAUGGAUCCAUUGUGGAAUAGUAUCGUGGUUGGUGGUUUUGAUGAUGAAAGAAAACCUUUUUUAAAAUACGUUGACUUGUUGGGAGUUACAUAUCAUGCAUCCACUAUUGCCACUGGGUUUGGAUCUCACUUGGCCAUUCCAUUAUUGAGAAAUUUGAUACCAGAGGAUAAAGAUUAUGACAAGGUCAAUGAGGAUCAAGUCAGGAAAGUGGUUGACGACUCAAUGAGAGUAUUGUUUUACAGAGAUGCAAGGUCAGGAGAAGUCUUUUCGUACGUUGUGAUCAAGUUGGAUGAGGAAUCAGGAGAAGUCAAGUUUGAAUUUGUCAAGGAUGCAAAGGUAGAAAACCAAAGGUGGAGGUUUGCAAAGGACAUUAGGGGGUAUGCUAGUAAGCAGCAAUAG